AUGUUCCGAUUCAGAAGAGCUCUGAUGGCCGACGUCGCUCCUCCUCCACCUCCACCUCCACCUCCACCACCACCAGGUCCACCAGGUCCUCCUCCUCCUUCUGGUCCUCCUGAUGUUCCUAUCCUUAUUGUACCGGGGAUCAGCGCAUACGACAUGUACAAAAAAGAAAUAAUAUCGAAGCUGUUGUCUGGAGAGACGCCUUUGGCCCAAGCGGUAACCGUCACAAUUAUCUUAUCUGCUCCACCGCACUCUCCUUCAGCACGACACUCUUUCCGCUGCCAUUCAUCCACCUCCCUUUUCGUUCAUCUACAGAGCCGCGGUGGCGCUCAUGGAGCGACGUUACGGGAACGUCUACGAUAUCCUGCGUGACUUCGCAAGGUUCAGGGGAUUCGACUUCGCGCUGGCACAGAUUAUGCUUCAAACCGCGAACGACUGCAUAGCGGUGGACAGGGUGAGUGAAAAGUGGAAAAGAGGGGUCGAGAAGGCAAUAAUGAAACUAAAUUUCAGAACUUACGGAGACUCGUACAGUUGGCACCUCCGUUUCAAAUGUUCCCGAAGAGCACUGCUCAAGAACUGACCACUCCUGCUCCUCUCAACCUCUCGACCAAUUUUCCUUCUAAUUCCAACCCGGAACCGUCGCGUCCAAGUCGACAGCAUCGAAAAUGGGCGGUCAGAAACGAACACUUCCGACUCCAUCUUCAAUCCUUUCUUACAGAAACCGGUUUAUCGUCCUUUGAAACGGUUCUUCCAAAUGCGCAAUGGAAAUAUCACAAACGAAGAUUGCCGCGAGCUCGCCGCUCAGUUUAAUAUUAAUUGGAUAGAGCUGAGAACGUACUUUCGAAGAAAAAGGUUUGCUUUUGCAAAUUUGAACCGGAGGGGAAUGCAUUUCAUGUUUUUCAGCACUUACAAGAGAAAACAACUCAAGAAAAAUGAAGAGAAGAAAUGA